AUGUUGGAGAAGAAGCUGUGGGGAGAUGAGGGGACUGCGGCGGAGCGGGCAGAGUGGAAGGAGGAGAGGGGGAAACUGGAAGAGAAGGAGAGGUGGAGUUCCUCACCUGCCAACGAAACCUAUCCAGAAGUACACUUUUGUGUUGAACCCCCCUUAGUAUUAGUGAAAAGGUUGUCAUAUUUGCUUCUCCAGGGCAUCAAGACUAUCAAGCAGCUUCUCAAAAGACCUGGUUUUCUCUCACCAUUCACAGUGGAAGCAAUUGUCACACCUGAACUAUUCAAAAUAAAAGACAUUGUAAUUGGGAAUCUUUUAGACCAAUACUUUAAAGAAGAAUGUGUUAAGUUUGAUUCUGUCACCAUUGCUGAAGACAUUUUCAAGUGCACCCUUGGCCACAAAGAGCUUUGUCAGAGAACAUCAAACAUUAUUAUUAUUAAAUCCCUUCUGAAACUUUUACAACCACAAUUAGAUAUUGUUGGGACUGUCCUUCAAUGUGGAUCUGCCACAGUCCCUAAUGAUGCAAAUCUGGAAGAGAUCCUUGCAGAGGGAAUACUUAUUAUUAUCAGCAGUUCAACAAUGCCAGCAGAGAUGCAUGUUGAAUGUGCUGCUCCUAUACUCUGCAGUCUAAUACUAAUGAUUAUUUCUGUGUCUGCACCUACUAUGUUCCAGCCAUGA